AUGACUACCAUGGCCCCUGCCUGCAGCUCUGCUGCCACAAUCUGUUCAGGCACAAACUGCCUUGUACCUUCCAGUGACUUUAAUGCAACGCUGAGCCUGGUUUUGGGCACAGUGCUCACUGUAGUCCUGGCUAUGGUCAUGUUCUCUAUGGGCUGCACUGUGGAUGCCAGAAAGUUGUGGGGCCACAUCAGGAGGCCCUGGGGCAUUAUCAUUGGCUUCAUCUGCCAGUUUGGCAUCAUGCCUUUCAUAGCCUUUUCACUGUCGCUGGCCUUUGGUGUGCUGCCUGUACAGGCAGUCGUCAUCAUCAUUAUGGGUUGCUGUCCUGGAGGCUCUAGCUCUAAUAUUAUCUGCUACUGGCUGGAUGGAGACAUGGACCUCAGUAUCAGUAUGACAACUUGCUCCUCUAUCCUGGCCUUGGGGAUGAUGCCUCUUUGCCUGCUCAUUUACACCUCCAUCUGGACUUCAUCCGACACUAUCCAGAUCCCAUAUGACAGCAUUGGCAUCACUCUAGCAGCCCUUCUUAUCCCAGUUGCCUUGGGAAUGUAUUUAAAAAGCAGGUGGCCCCUCAUCGCUAAGAAGAUCCUCAAGGUGGGGUCCGUUGUAGGCGUUCUUCUCAUCAUCAUCACAGCUGUGGUUGGAGGAGUUCUCUACCAGUCCUCUUGGACCAUUUCUCCCUCAUUGUGGAUUAUUGGAACUAUCUACCCCUUUAUUGGUUUUGGUCUGGGGUUCCUCAUGGCCCGGUUUGUGGGCCAACCCUGGUACAGAUGUCGAACCAUUGCGUUGGAGACAGGCUUCCAGAAUACCCAGUUGUGCAGCACCAUUGUCCAGUUGUCCUUCAGCCCUGCUGACCUGGAAGUCAUGUUUGCAUUUCCCCUCAUCUAUAGCAUCUUCCAGCUAAUUGUGGCAGUCUCCUUUGUGGGAGCCUACCAGGCAUAUAAAAGGUCAUGCCGCCAUGGUUCAGCUGAUGCAGACAGCGAGGCUCCGUCACUGGAGGCUGGUGAUGCUGAACCAGCUAAACAGAAGAGCUAUGCUGUGGAAAAUAGCUCUUUUGAGCAUGAUGAAAAUGGCAACAGUGAGAAAGCUAAGGUCAUUGACAGGAACACUGAGCUGUGAUGUUAGAAAGCUGCAAACUGCACACUGUGCUAUCAGUGAAGACAUCCACAGCGCUCCUGAGGACAGCAGCCUCACAGAACAGUGGACUCGCACUGCACUCUGCAGGUUGAUGGGGUGCAAUGCAGGUCCUUCACAAGAACUGUGGCAGCCAAAUGUCUUUCCUGGUACGGCCAGCUCUUGCCUUGGGGGGUGGCCAGUGACUAACAUAUUGCAUUUUUGAUGGUUAAUUGUAUUAUAGAAGGCA